GAGCCAGAUGUACAAUCAGUUGGGGGAAGAGCGGUCCAGGAGGAGCACCGGUAGGGUGGGCAAGAGCCCGUGGGACGUAAGAGUUUGCUGCGUGAUUGGGAGUUAUCAGGGGUGGACAGAGAUAAGUGAACGUGGUCUGCACUGUCAUGUCAUGCCUUAAGGACAAGAUAAGCUGUCUGGCCCCUGGCUGGCCUCCUGGUGAGUUCAAGGCCCUAAUCCAGUAGCACAGCAGAACUCACACCACCCUGAGCCUGGAAAGAUGGUGUCACAGUCUACAGGCCGGCAGGAUUCUCCGGUGGACUUGUGGGAAAGGGACGGCAAUGACCCUGGCAACAUUGAUGGUUCUCCCAGCCUCCUGGACACUGACCAGUCCCCUUGCCACUCAGACGUCAGGUUCAUGAGGCACAAAGCUUCCUGGAUUAACCCCCAGUGUGAGCAGCAACAGCUGCAGGAUUUGCCCCCUCGGGUGCCGACAAGGGGGCACAGUGGGAGCCACUUUGGAGGGGACACUGCCUCUCCCCUCGGCCCCUCACCAUUGUCUCUUGGGGACUCCACGGUGGAGACAUCACUGUCAAAAGAUCCUGUAGACUCUGCCCAGCGCUCAGGUGACAAAAGCAGCGACCUCUCUUUUACCUCCACAGAAGAGCAGGCGGUGGUUUUAGGACACUCUCCUCAGAUGUUUCUGUUCACAAGCUCCUCUCCUGGUCCUGAAGCUGACCAUGCUUUGCUGCAGCCUUCCCAGCUGACAGCUUCUACCGAUGAAGGUGCUGUUCAAGUCAGUGGAAGAACUACUUUUUCGAAUUCCUUCUCUCCAGAGGUAUUUCUCCUCCCAGUCGAUGUCGAAAAGGAAAACGCCCACUUCUAUGUUGCAGAUAUGAUUAUAGCAGCAAUGGAGAGAGUUAAGUGCACCAUCCUGAGUCAACAGCACACAGAGCACUGGGGUGUGGAAGAAGCCAGUGGGGCGCUUGGGAAUGACCACGCUGACUCUGAAGUCACCUUUUAUACCAACAUAAAGCAAGAAUCUGGGUCUUCCAAUUCUUCUGACAGCGGCUAUGAGGGUUGUGCUAUGCUACAGGGCAGCCCCGUGGCUGGGACACCCUCUUACUGUGAUGUGCUGAAAGAAGACUGUAAAUGUGAUUUCGAUGACUUUGUUAUCGUAGAACUUGGUGAGUUUAGCAAUAUCACAGAAACCUGUGGAUGUUCCUGCAGCUCCUCUAAGAGUAUCAUUUAUGAGCCAGACUUCAGUUCUGCUGAGCUAAUAGCCAAAGAGUUGUACCGAGUAUUCCAGAAGCGCUGGAUGUUGUCAGAUGUUAAUCAUCAACUGGCAGAUUCUCUAAAUGCUGCUGGCUCAAUAGUAGUGAAUGAAGAGCGGGUCCGGAAAGACUUUGAAUCCAGUGUGGAUGUUGUUCAGGAAAUUACCCUUAAGUCGAGGAUCAGAGGGGCUGAAGACUGGGAGCCCCCCAGAUUUCAAAUCAUAUUUAAUGUUCAUCCACCACUCAAGAGGGAACUCGUGGUAGCAGCCCAGAAUUUUUUGUGUGCUGGUUGUGGAACUCCAAUAGAACCUAAGUUUGUGAAGCGCCUGCGGUACUGCACUUACCUGGGGAAGUAUUUCUGUGAUUGCUGCCACACGUAUGAGGAGACCUACAUCCCUGCCCGGAUCCUGACCACGUGGGACUUCAGGAAAUACUACGUCAGCCAUUUCUCCAGACGGCUGCUGGACGGCCUGUGGCACCAGCCCGUUUUCAAUUUGCUGAGCGUUGGCCCCGGCCUGUACGCCAAGGCCAAGGAACUGGACAGAGCGAGGGAAACCCGGGAGCAGCUUUUUCAUAUCAAGAAGCUGUUGAAGACCUGCAGGUUUGCUGAAAGCGAGCUAAAGGAGUUUGAGCAGGUGCCGAGGCAUUUGACUGAUGAGCUCCACCUGUUCUCCCUGGAGGAUCUGGUCAGGGUCAAGAAAAGGCUGCUGGCACCCUUGCUCAAGGACAUUCUAAAAGCUUCCCUUGCACAUGUGGCCAGCUGUGAGCUGUGUCAAGGAAAGGGCUUCAUUUGUGAAUUUUGCCAGAGUACAGCCGUCAUCUUCCCCUUUCAGACCGAAACAUGUAGAAGAUGUGCAGGGUGCAGAGCUUGCUUCCACAAGCAGUGCUUCCAGGCCUCUGAGUGCCCCCGGUGUGCGCGGAUCACAGCUAGGAGAAGACUUUUGCAGAGUUUACCUUCUGCAGCAACAUGAUGCCCUGAGUGUCGUGGAAAAGACUGUUCAACAUGCCUUAUAACACCGAUUCGUGUCUAUUAUUCAACAUAUUGUUUCAGAUGUUGAGCAUUGUAUGUUAAGAAAAAAUGGCCAAUAUUGUUUUUUAUUAUAUAUAUUUAAUGUUUUAAAAAGAAUGCACGUUUUUUUGUUAUUAAGCAUGGGUUUGUUACUGGUGGUUUUGUUUACAAAUGUUCAGUGUUUUUGCUGCUACUGUAUUUUUUUAAAGAGCUUUUCUUUGUUACUUCUUAAAUCGUAUUUGAGUGGCUGUGUGUAGCUAAUAUUGGAGCCUAUUUUUGUAUGAAUUGUAACUGACAAGACAAAUUACCCUGUUCCUCUUUCUAUAAAGCUUGUUUUGUGAAAUGGAUUGGUACUUUCAAUGAACAAAAAUGCAACCAGCGAUCCGUUUACUCCCGGUU